ACAGCGUCAAAACAGUUAUGGACGACGCGUUUACAUGAACUUGUUUCUUUGCUGACUUUAUUACCAUGGAAAAUAUUUUUGGAAUAAGUUCUCGGAGAAGGCUUAAAGACGUUUCUUUUGCAGAUGAUUCAGGAGAAGAAAAGGAGAAGGCAGAUCAACAUGAAAGAGAGAAAAAUGAGGAAGAUGAUGAAGUUUCUGAAGAGGAGGUGACAGAUAUAACAGCCGAUGAUGAUGAAGAGGAAUUGGAGGAGGAGGAAAGUGAAGACAGUGAUGAUACUGAGUUGACUAGUGGCCCACAGAGAGAGUGGCAAGAUGUGGAAGUUAAAAAUGCAAGGCCUCCACAUCCAUUGACUGUUACACAUGUCAAUCAAACUCUAGAUCUCCAGAGGCUUAACCAAGCACUGACUAUGGUGAGAGCUGAAGACCAAAGUUCUGAAGAAUGGCUACAAACCCACUGUGUUGAGCACCUGAAGCUGACAUUAAAAGAUCUUGUUGAUAAAGGACGUAUUGGCAAACUUUCACCUGACCAGGACACAGGAAAAGUGACUCAGCAUAUCGAAUUUGAUGCAUAUGAUGUCAAUGAAUUUGAAUAUAAACUAAAUGUAGCCAUUGAAACUUAUACAAAGAGAAUCAAGUGGCUUCUUCAAGGAAGCAAAAGAGUGUUUGGACAUGUCAAAGGGGAACGGAUAGCUGUGUGCAUAGACUCUUCCAAUGCAAACUUAGGAUUUGGACGUCAAACAGUUCUCCAAGAAUCACUUAUUCAUCUGCUGGAUGAACAGUUGUCCAAGAAGAAGUCACUUUACCUGGUGGGCUUUGGAACUGAUGUUGAGCCCUUGUGGCCAGUUGUUCGUGAUGUGAAUGAUCGCAUCAUUGAGGAAGGCAAGGAGUGGGUUGUACGCUUAAAACAACUAGGUGGAAGCAACUUGCUAAAAGUCAUGAAGCAUGUCAUGAAACUUUCAAACCUUGACACCAUUGUCAUCAUUCUAGGCAGUGUGCCUGACCAGCAGUCAGAACUACUCUGUGAUUUCAUAUAUCAAAUGGGUAUUGGGAUGAAGAUUCCUCUGCACACUGUUGCCUAUGACUGCAGUAACACAGUCACAAAUAUGACCCUAAGAAAUAUUGCUGAAGCCUCAGGGGGAAGAUACCACUGUUAUACUGCAAGUUGUGAGGAGCAGAUUUACACUGGAACAGACAUUAGCCUGCUGCUUAAGGAAAUUCACAGCGCUCAGGAUGUCAUCAAUAAGAUCAAAGAGAUGCGCCAGGGGAUGAUGGGUAGUGCUCUGAUCAGCAUUAUGAAUGAGAUCACAAAUGAAGUGGCUAAACUGCCUCAGUCACGUUUCCUGCCACGUCCACCUGGUCAUGAUAUGCCUCUGAGGAUUGAAGUGCAGAAGUUCCAGCCUAGGUGCUCUACUGCAUGGCUCAAACAACAUGGGAUGAAAGCUAAGCAUCUUGAUCUGUACCAAGUUCUGGCACCUAAUGCCUAUUCCUACCGUGAGGAUUUCAUUCCUGUCAUCAAGCGAGCUGUUCAGUCUCAAGUUCAUGAGAAAGCAAUGGUUCAGUUUGCCUGGCACGAUGGAUCCACGAAGAAUAUACAUGUAGACUUGACGCAACUGUUUGAGUAUCAGAAGCAGCUGAAAGAGGUUGUCUCUCUUUAUGAGCGACGUGUUGAUUGGCUGGCCAGUGGCAGCCGCAGGAUCCUUGGAACAAUAGUGGAGAAAAAUGUGGUUCUGGUGAUUGACACAUCAGUGUCAAACGUUUCAUACCUGGUGCACAUCCAGCACUCUGUCCGCCUGUUGCUAGAGCAGCAAAUAGCAAACAAAGAUUACUUCAACAUUAUCACUUUUGGAGGCAAAGCAAAAUCAUGGAAGCCAACUAUGGUGAGACCAACACCUGAAAAUCUGCAAGAUGCUUGGAAAUGGGUGCUGGAGAUGCAGUGCAGUGGAAGUCGCAAUUUUUUGUCGGCCUUGCGUUUAGUGAUGGAGAAUGAUGAAGAACAGAAGCACCAUGUGUUUGUACAAGGAAUCUAUGUCUUCACCAGUGGGGUCCCUGACCAGACUCAAGAUGUUGUUAUCAGCUAUGCUGAAGAAACAGCAUCAGCAUGGGGUGCUACCAUCCACACAAUUCUUUUCAAUGUUGAUGACUACGAUGACCGUGGGGCCAUUCCAGGACGUUAUGCAAACAUCACUCGUACUGCUGAGUGUCUCAGGCAGCUAGCACAUUGCACUGGUGGUCGCUUUCACUGGUUCCGAGAAACAGGCAUUAUUGAAAGUGAUGAUAUUCAGCGCAUCAACUCAGAAAUUGACCGAGCACUAAAUUUCUCUCGCAAGUGUGCAAUGCUUGUAGAAUCUGUCAAGAAAAAGUACAAAAAGAGAACUCAGUACCCUGCUGUGGAAGAUGUGAAAGCUCUGCCUCUUCCUGCACCACAAGACCUGUUCAAGCAACAGAGGGCGCUUCCUGCACCAAAAUACACAGCAUUUGGCAGCAGUAGCAAACAGAAAGAGGAUGGGGAUGAGAAGUACGAGCGGCGAGCUAUUUCAUGGAGGCCAUCAAGUGCUUCCCAAGCCCGAGAAACUAAUGUUGCAUCGAAACAAACCAAACCUCGACCAUCCUCUGCCAAGGAUCCAAUGCUGUCUGUAAGGUCUCGGCAAGUGAAAACUUCCCACUUCUUUAUUGAGGAUAAAAAGCAUGCAACAGGUUGUGUGACAAAAGAAUAUCCUCAACCAAAGACUGCGAGAAAGGGAAUCCCAGCCCCUGUUCUACCAGAACUGGAGGAUGCAGUGUCAACGAAAGAGUGGAUGCGAGUAUACAGUCUCAGCAGAUUGAAGCUGGACCUAAAUCACCUUAUUUCUGGUCCUGACUGCAAACACAGUGAGCAUAUUGUCAAAGCUCUGCGAAAGCAGGUUUCAGCGAAGUACUGUGACAUCUUUCCCACUGUCAACAUUAAAGGAACCUUAAAACAUUUGCAACUUACGCAACAUGAACUGAACGAGUACGAGGUGCAGGUAGAGCGCAUUCUCCGGCGCUAUCUCAAGCGGCUGCAGUGGCUUUUAUCUGGCAGUCAUCGGGUGUUUGGUACACUCACACACAAGAAACUGGUUCUGCUUGUAGAUACGUCAGGUUCUAUGGAGUCACGUCUAAAUGAGCUGAAGCGAGAACUUGCAUCUCUCAUGUGGGAUCAGAUAUACAAGAUGGAAAUAGAGUUCAACAUUAUCCAGUUCUCUGGGUCCUGCAAAAAGUGGCGAAACACCAUUCAACCUGCCACAGAGAGCAACUGUCAUGAUGCUGUCAGAUGGACAUCCAUGCUGACUGCCAAUGGGAACACAUGCACUCUAGAGGCUCUGCAACUGGCAUUUGAAGACUCAGCCAUUGAAGCAAUUUACCUAUUGACUGAUGGCAAGCCAGACACAAGCACUUCAUUAGUUCUACGAGAGGUUGCUCGCAUGAAUGCAGACCGUGAUAUCCCCGUGAACACUAUCUCCUUUAACUGCUCUGACAGCACUGCAAAUAGCUUUCUGCAUCUACUGGCCCAAGAGACUGGAGGAAGGUACCAUCGAUGUCCAGAUGAUUUCAAUCCCGAUAUGUUUGCUCAUAAGUUGCUCUCAGAAGGCUUUCAUGAUAAUGAGUAUCCACAUCUGCCAGACUUUGAAGGUGAUGAUCUGAGCAGAUUAGGAAAAGAGAUAGCACUUGCUCGAAAGUACUUAAAACAAGCCAAAAUCUACAAAGACAUGUACAAAUCAAAAACCUCUUUUUCUGAGAAACCAGUCAUCACAAAAGGGGGAAAGCCUCCUGAUCAGCCAGCAUUUGUUGUUGGUCGCCCACAUGCCACGUCAAAGUAAAGUUUCUUUGAGAGCUAAACUCUGUGGACGAACAGAGCACACUCUUCAAUGGACCCAUUGGAAAGACAGAAAAGCCAAUGAUUUGCCAUUGAGAACAAAUUAACUUUUGUGCCUGUUACUCCAUUUCUACAAACGUUGUCAGAAAGGUGCAGCAGCUUGCUGCAACAGUGGUAAUUUGUAAUUUACGAGGGUCUUUAGUGCAAUGUGUACUCUCUUGGGUAUAAUGUAUGACAGAUCAUUUAUAGACUGCAUAAGUGUGGGGUAUUUAUUGCAUAAUUGUGACCACUUUUGUGUCCACAAGCAGUUGCCGAUCUGCAUGACAAUAAUUGACAUCUGCAGCAGGUGUAUAUUCCGAUGCAUCUUUGACUCUUUUGUCCCAUCAUCUUUGUGAUAAAAUGUAAGAAAAUAGAUGAUGUGUCCAAUAAAUGUUUCAAAGUUCUAAACUAUAAGUAUCAUGAUGUCAUUAUAGUUGUUACUUGUUAAUUGCAGAGUAGUAUUCUAGGUAAACAGUGCUCUAUAAAUUUAUUUUAUUUGAUAUAUAUGUAUAAAGCCUUACAAGUAUGCAAUGAUGCAGUGUAAAGUAUACAUUAAAGCUAUUUUAAUGAUUAUCAAAUAAGAAAUAUAACUUUCUUAAAUCAAAAGUAAUUUUGCAUUAAUAAAUUUUACCUUUAUCAUUACCUGAAUUUUUAUAGCAACAAUUAAAAAGAAGCUCUGGAAAGUUAAAAAAGCAAAGAAGUUCUCGUGUACAUCUUUUACGCUUAGGCUUGAUUGCUGAAAUGGUCAUUAAGCAUGAUUUAAAGAUGCAACCAUGCAAAUAUUGGUGAUGUACUUGGAAACAUAGUAGUUCAGUAGCCAGCUCCCUUAUUACUCCAGAAUUGGGAUUUUUGUCCCUGCUGUUAUUUGUAUGUUAUUAUUUGUUUUUUCUUUUGACCUGAGUGCCAGGAUGUAAAAAGAGUAAAAAAAAAAAGAGUAAGAAUUUUCUUUAAAAGUUGUGAUAUGGCAUAUGCAGCUCAUAAAGCCAGAGAUAAUCUAAUUAUUGACCUGAUUUUGAUAGACCAAAAAUAAAAAUUUGUGUCUGUCUCUUGUA